AUAGGGCCGGUGUCAGCAAACAACGGCAAAAAAAAGCUUAAUUCAGUUGUUGCCAGCAGCACAGUUACAGUCACCAACGCUCUGGAUAACAUUAAAACCGCAUAACCAGCUCUGCUAGAGCAAGUAAAAAGGGUUAAAUUUAACAAAAAAAUAAGCAAAUAUUCUGAAUUUAGAUACGCCCUCCAGAGUGCAAUACGAACGCACCCUAUAAUGGACACUGCUGGCCUGCAAAGCGAUAGGCUAUUUAAUUUCAGAAUUGGUUACAAUUAGGUUAAGGGUCAGAUUUAGAUUAUAUUGGCUCAUUGUUUUCAGGUCAGUAGGUACCCACACUUUUCUGCGAGUGUCUCUUUUAAAAUCCUCAUCAAUCAGCAGACAACUUUCUACAUGAUUACCUGAUUGGUCAAUCUACACCCACGCCAAGGAAGUGCAAACAGAAUUCUUCCGGUCACUGUGUUUGGUUUGAAUCGAAGAAGAAUGUCAGUAAGUAGGAUAUUAGAGGCACUUUAGUCAACAAGAUGAAGAUCAAACAACGUUCAAAAACUACGCCACUGCACAAAAAAAACAUGGGGACUAAACGCCAUGGAAACGUGGGUAUAACACAAACAGAACAUGACCCACAGUCAGGUGAUGACUCCACCAGCAGAGAUGAAUCAGAUUGUACCCAAGCACUCUCAAAGAGCACCAGUUCAACUCAUUCAGAUUCUAGUCCACUCCACAAGGAUCCUGUGGUAGUGCUAACCAGGUUGGCUGAGGUGGUGGUUAAGACACUUCUGAGAGACAUUAAAGUUUGUUUGGUGAAGGAGGUGACGGAUGUCAGGAGGGAUGAAGACAACCAUGGAGGUUCUCCUCAGUUCUUUCCUUGUCCACACUGCACCAUCUCCUUUACUGACUGUUACUUCCUGGAGAACCACAUCAAGACCAAACACCAGAAGCAGUACCUGGCCAUGUUGAGAAGCCAAGUCUCAAAGAGUAAAAGAGUGUACGGCCCCACACACAGCUGUGCCCACUGUAGCUGCAUGUUCCAUACACCACGACAGCUAGACAUCCACACCCGCCAGGCCCACCCCUCUGCCCGUCCCCAGAAACCUGCCCCUCCCCGGAGAACUGGCCGUCCCCACAGGGUACAGGAGAUAUUCCACACCUGCCCACAGUGCUCCCGCAGAUUCAAGUACCUGGGCAGCCUGCUGAAGCACUGCAAGAGUUUGCACAAAAUGGCCGUUGUUCUCACCAAUGGACACAUCAGUUGCGCAGACUGUGAGAAGAGCUUUGAGAAUUGCUGGGGCCUCGGGCCUCACCGGUGUCACGAACCAGAGGGCAAUAAACCUAAGGACGCUAAACAGAUGGUCAUUAAGGAAGUCGGCUUCCAAUGCUUGGAUUGUGGAAAGAUCCUCACUACUCCUACGAGCCUGAACACUCACAUGCGCAUCCACACUGGAGAAAAGCCUUAUGUCUGCAAGGAGUGUGGCAAGCGCUUCUCAGAUACCAGCGCUUACCGUUAUCACUUGUUAAUACACAAUGGGGUCAAGCCAUUCAAAUGUCAGGACUGUGGGAAGGCUUUCAAACAGAAGUCGCUCCUCAGGAAGCACAUGACUGUUCACUCUGGUGAGAGGAAGUAUUCCUGCUCCCAAUGUGACAGGAAGUUUGCAUACAGGGAGAGUCUGAAGCUUCACCUGCGCACACACUCCGGGGAGAGACCUUUCAAAUGUACUGUCUGUGGUAAAGACUUUGCUGACAAAGGUUAUCUGAAGACUCAUCUGAAGAUCCACAGCAACCAGAAAAACUACCAUUGUGGGGUUUGUGGGCAGAAAUUCAUAAGGAUUGGGGUGCUGAACAUACACCUGCGCUCACACACCGGUGAGAGGCCUUACCACUGCACAGUGUGUGACAAGCAGUUUGCCCGACUCGACCACCUGAAGAACCACCAGCGCACUCACACAGGUGAGAAACCAUACACCUGUACCGAGUGCAGUAAAAGCUUCACUCAGUCUGGAGAUCUAACCAAACACAAGCGCCUCCACACUGGGGAGAGGCCAUUUGAAUGUUCUGAAUGCCACAAACGCUUUAUCUGCUCUGCUUCUCUGACCCUGCACAUGAGGACCCACACUCACCGUGACGUAAAGCCAUACUCCUGCCAAGAGUGUGGGAAAAGCUUUUAUGAACAGAGUCAUGUGAACGGCCACAUGAAAAUCCACAAGGGGAAACGUUAUUCCUGCCCCCACUGCUUUCUCAGCUUUGCUCGCAAGUCCAACCUCUCCAAACACCUGCUUAGACGUCAUAAACCUAAAUGAUAAUGAUGUAUAUUAACAUAGCACCUUUUAUGAAACUCUGUUACUCUUAUGAAUUAAAUGGAGGGGAGUCUGAUCUCUUUUGUCAAUGAUCGAUGUGACAUCAUUCUAACUAAAUUUUGCCCCAUGUUUAUGAUAACGCUGCAAUGUUUUAACAAUCCUCCAGUUGGGUCACAGUGAGCUCCAUGUAUUGGGACAGUGACAAGUUUUGUUUCUCCUGCAGCACUUUGGAUUUGAAAUUAUACAACGACUGAGGUUAAAGUGCAGACUCCGCUUUAAUUUGAGGGCAUUUUCAUCCAUAUCGGGUGAACCGCUCAGAAAGAACAGGAUUUUUUGUACAUAUUCCGCCCCAUUUUUAACUUAAGGGAAUGGUUACAUUAUUUGGUCCCAUAUUCCCAGCAUGCAAUGCUUACAUUAAGCUUGACUGGAUGCGUUUGCUGUUUGUUUUGGUUGUGUGUCAGGGUAUUUUGUGCUCAAUAGAAAUUAAUGGUAAAUAUUGUAUUGUCACUUUUAUUAUAAAUUAGAAUAGUGUAUGUCUUCUAUAUUAGUGGCUACCAUGAUUACGGAUAAAACUGAAUGAAUUGUGAUUAAUGAGUGAAAGUUAGAGGCAUAAAUAUCAUACCCCCUCAAAAUGCUAACCUCCCCUGUUAUUGUAAUGGUAAGAUGUUAGCAUGUCUUGGGGGUAUGAUACUUGUGCGUCUGUACUCUAGCUUUGUCACUCAUUAUUCAGGACUAUCUGUAAUCAUUAUAGCAUCAAACAAGUUUGUAGAGUAACAACCUUGUUGUAGUCAAUAUGUGCUAGGACAAUGGGACCAAAUACUACACUUUUGACUACUUUUACCACACAAGGAAUUUGUACCAAUUCUUUAAGCCCCCCCCCCCCCAUUUUAGGGGAUUAUGUUCAAAAAGUGUCAUUUCUAAACUGUUCAUAUGGAUAAAAAUACUAAUUAAAGCUGACGGUCUACACUUUAACCUAAUAAUCAUUGUAUCAUUUCAAAUACAACGUCUGGAGGUACAGAGCCAAAAGAACAAAACAUAAUUCACUGUCCCAAUACUUUUGGAGCUCUUUUGUUAAUAUUAUUGCUCUUUUGUUUUAUGGAAGUUUGCGUUUAACCAGUUCAAUGUAAGCUACAUAAUCCCCAAAAGUAGUUAUCAUGAGGGCCAUAAAUGAUAACUAGUAAUGUUGCAUACUCAAAGAAAGGUAAUCUCACUUCUGGUCAAAAAAUUGAAGUUAAAUUGCUGAGGUCAAUUUUGAGGACACACGCUCAAGUACACAGUACAAAUAUGUUAUGGAUUUCCUUUUCAACAAAAUUGUAUGAAUAAUGCUUGAAAUGUAUGUUUAGUGUUAGAGAACGUGCAUAUUUUCUACAGGUUUCUCUUGAUCAAAGUGUUUGCCCCCAUCGCUGUGGAAGUUUCACAGCGCUCUAGAUUGCCUUCAUGAACUUGUUAGGAACUCUCCAUGUUAAUAUUUUUUGUUUAAAAUGUAUUAAUUGUUUUAGAUUAUUGGCUAUAAAUCGAUCUCUUAAUGUGCUACUGUAAUGAAAUCACUCUCCUGCUGCGCUAUGAUGUAAGGAUUGCAGGCAUGUGCUUUGUCAGUAGAUGUGAUAUAGGGUUCAGCCAGGAGUUGGACAGUUAGAAGAGUGAUUGAAAUGAUAGAAGGGACAUCCCAGCUUCAAGUGGUGUUAGAUUUCACAUCCUACAUCACGCAGGGUCGGAACUGGUACCAGAACCACACAGGUCCCCCAAACAAGGGACCUUAUGUCUAAGAGGUUAUAAACACCAGUUUAUUCAAUUUUUUUAUUCAAUGGUUUUAUGACUGAUUGUCCUGAUGAUCAGUAGGCGAUAAUAAAUUCUGAAAGAUUGUCAGUUUUCUUUGCUUUGUGUUUGUAGUGUAUUCCUUGAUUUGGAACAAGAGGAUAAUUUAUGUAAAGGUAACUCUGAUACUAUUGUUAUAAACAUGCCAUUUAAUUAAAGUAAAUUACAUCGAAACCA